AUGCGGAAUGUGGUGGCAGACCUCGACGUUGCCGAUGUGGCCGCGGCCCUCGCUUCGGCGGGUAGUUGCGGAAUUGGGGAUGUGCGGGCUGAGCCCUUAAAGGCACGGCAAAAGCAGUGCUUUCGUUGCCUUGCCUUCGGCCAUUUGGCCGGGCAAUGCACCGGGGCAGAUGUCAAAAACAUCUGCUACCGGUGCGGGGACGGUGGUCACCAUGCGGCCACGUGCUUGGCUGAGCCGAAAUGUCCGCUUUGUGCGCGACUAGGCCAGCCGAGCAAUCACGGAAUGGGCGGCGCGAAAUGCGCCUCCAUUCCCGUGAAGGGGCGGAGGAAGCGUAUUGUGGAGGUCCCACCAGCCUCGGGUAUAGAAGCAGGACCUUCACAGCUUCCUCCGCUGGUAGACGAGGAGUCCACCUCCGAGCCGGAGGAGGUGCAGGAGAUGGAGACAUUUCCAGAGGUGUCGGCCAGGGGAUCAAAGAAGCGCAAGCCAACAGAUCCCCCUGCCAAGGAAAAGGCGCAGCAGGCGCCAAGUGUCGGGGGAUCCUCGACAAAAACACCCCCUGCCAAGAAGAAGUCCUCCGGGGCCAAGGCCACGGGGGCUUCGAUCGACGCUCAGCCGUACAGACACAUUCGGCGGCCGUCGACUAAGGUCGAAGCUUGGCCUUACAGAUACAUUCGGCAGCCGUCGACUAUAGUCGACGCUCGUCCUCAAGAGGUUAAUAAAGUUAAACAUUUGGCAUGA